CAUUUUGCGAAUAAGAAUGGCGUCUGUAUACAGUGUUAGUGCAUUGUUGUCAAUUUUAGUUUCAAUAUUUAGUUUUUAACGCAAUCUUCCAAGUUUUUGAAGUAAUAAUUGAGAAUUUGUGAAUGUUUUUUUCGGAAUUUUUCAUAAAUCAUAUUUGGAGAAAGGAGGAACUAUUUUAUCAAAGGCUAUAAACUUCCUAUUUUCUGGGAAAAUUAUGACCUUGAAACGUCGUGUCAACAUAAUAUAAGUUUCAGUAGCGGCUCGUUUAAAUUUUUUGGCAUCGACGAAAACAUCUUCACAUAAUAUUUAAACAAUGGAAAAUAAAGAUAAUCGUGAAACGUUGGAAAACAUCGUAAUUGGAGAUGGAACCAGUCAACAGUUUAUGAUUCAAAGAGUCCCCGAAAAUGCUCAACUUCUAAGUACUGAACUUUUGCAGCAACAACAUGGUUUAGUUGUAGAUUUGGGAACAAAUGAUUUUAUUCCAGUGAGCUAUUCAUCCGAAGAUUUACUUUCGCAAGAUCUAACUGAAGAAGACAGAAAUUUGGCUGCUGCUUUAGUAGCUGUCCAACUCAGUCAACAGCAAAAGCAACAACAAUUACAAGAUACCACUUUACCAUCUCUAGUUGCUACAUCUAACUUAGGUAUAGGAACAAAAAUUCUAGAAGAACCACAACUGAUUAUCAGUAACGAAAAAGGAGGAGGAACUAGUUUUUUGAGAAUUGUAAAUACAGAUAAUAUUUAUGUGGAGCAACAGCCUCUUCCAAAAUUGGUUGAUACUGUUAGAUUUACAACUGUAAAUAGUGUUGGUCAAUCAUUCAAUGACGAUGUGGAAAUUGAAAAAUGUACAACAAAAAAAGAAGAGGAAAAAGUAGAUUCAGACAGAGAAUCUUUGAAAAAUGAACCCCGUACCUCGAAAAAAAGCUUGCCUCACAAAAAGCGGAUCUCAAGAAAACUUAAAAAAAAUUCAGUGACGUCUGUCAAAAAAAUAAUAUGCAAUUUAUGUGAACAAUCUUUUAGCUCUAAUGAUGAAUUUGCACAACACGAAAUGUUGUGCCAAACAACAAUUACCCCUGUAAAUCCUGCCAAUGCAUUCAAUUGUCAAAUCUGCAAUGAACCUUUUACUGAGCAACUAAAGUUUUUCGAACACUUGAAAAAACAUUAUGAGCCUGGUGGAGGAGGUUUACCGACCAGUCCACUAAAAACUACAUCAGUUGACAAGAAACCGUCACCUGAAAAACUUUGUGAACCAAAUGAAAGUGAACGUCAAGAAAGUUUGUUAUCCAGUCUACUUAAUUUAACAUGCAUUGAAUGUAACAAAACCUUCAGGAGACAAAAGACAUUUGAAGCUCAUAUGAGGGACAUACACACAAGCAAAAAUGAGCCUUUGGAUGAGUUUAGUGAGCCUGAAGAUCUCAUGGAAGGUAUAACUAUGGUAGUAGACACUAAUGAGCCUGAACCUGAUGAAGAUGAUUCAAAGGCAUGGUAUAGGGAAGAAGAGAUUCAUCAGACUGAAGAAGAUUUGAAAGAACUCGAAUGUGGUAGUGAACAUAUAUGUCAUUUAUGUAAUCAACCAUUUCCUCUUAGAGCUAUCCUACUUCAACAUUUAGUCACCUGCAGAUCUACUUCAGGCAAUACAGAAUCGGCGCCACUUGCUGUCGUUAAAAAAAUUAAUAAAAAAAAUAAGAAAAAGGCGACUCACGAAUGUAACGAAUGCGAUCGAGUUUUCACACAUAAAAAUUCAUUGGUAUACCACAUGAGAAGCCAUUCAGGUAUACGACCUCACCAAUGUGAUCAAUGCGGCAAGAGCUUUUUCGCUUCCAGUGCACUUAAGGUUCACCUUAGGCUUCAUUCAGGAGACAAACCGUACAGUUGCGAACAUUGUGGAAAACGAUUUAGACAAUGGGGCGAUCUUAAGUAUCACAUAACAUCAUUACACUCCACUGAGAAGAAUUUCCAAUGUGAAUAUUGUGGCAAAGAAUUUGCGAGAAAGUAUUCGUUAGUUGUACACAGAAGAAUCCAUACAGGCGAAAGAAACUACAAGUGUGAAUUUUGUGGCAAGUCAUUCCGAGCUUCUUCAUAUCUGCAAAACCAUCGAAAAAUACAUACUGGCGAAAAACCUCACAUGUGCGGAGUAUGUGGAAAACCGUUCCGAGUAAGGUCGGAUAUGAAACGUCACCAGAAAACUCACUCUAAGGGACCAACGACGGCCUCCAAAAAUUUGCGACCACUUUCGAAAAUCGAAAAAGUAGAAAUUAUCGAAGAAGAAGAGUUGAGUAGUGAAUUACAUAUUGAAGAUGAAGAGGCUGCAGGGCAGUUACUUACUGAAUAUACUCAAGAAGAAUUAGAGGAUGGAAGGACAGUAAGGGUGCCAAAUAGAAAUCUAUAUAUCAAUGGACAUGAACUUUUCCUAGUGACAUACCCGAAUGAAAUCCGAGCGGGCGAACCACAAACUUCUACUGCCGCCUGGGUUCAUGCGCCGAAUGCUUAAUUAAAUUAAUUUCGGUGUCAUUAGUUUUAUGUAUUUUUUAUUUAGAAUAUAUGGAUACAUAGAG